CCUAAACGAGGGACGGGAAAACCCACUUGAAGUGGUUUCUGUGAAUGAGAAAACAAGCAAUGACAGUAUCGAAAUACUUUUGUUAUUAUUUGAUGCAAGCGAUAUUGAUAUUAAUAUGCGCACAAUCCAUCCUCCUACCUCCCGCAUGUCUGCCAACUUUUUUGGUAGGCCCACACCUAACCUAACCUGCGACUGAUGGUAUAGAUACACACCAGUGUAACACUAACAACUGCCCCUACCAGCAUAGCGACUCCUUGCUGCUCUCUCACACAUCUGAUUCCGCAGACUUCUUCAUGGCUGUUUAUGAGUUCUUCUUGUUUUAUCGUGUUGUCCCUCCACCUCCUACGCUCCUUCCUCCUCCUGAAAGGGAUCUAGUUCUGUAGUUCUCAACACGUGUGUAGAUUCUUGACAGAAUAAAAAUAUACGUUUUCCUCCUGUCCUACUUUUCGUCCUCGAGAAUAUGAAUUUUGGAACUGAAGAAUGUAAUCGAUCCAAUCUGAAGCUGAACGUUGAUGUGCAUUCAUCUUGAGUACAACCCAAACAGUAAUUUAAAGUAUGAAAGUGUAGUAUCUUGAUAUUAAUCAACACCACAAUCUAUGAAAUCGAAUUUGAAUUUCACCACCAAAGAAAACACCAAAACCAGCGACAAUUUCAAGCGAAGACGACUAUUCUAUUUUUAUUUCUGUUGAGUAGUUUUUACGAUGUUUCUGGUUCAUUGGUUUUAUUGUUCCACUUAGAUGAUCAUCAGCAUAUUCCAGUUGAUAUAAAAAUUCACUACUAGGUUUUACUUUUACAAGUUCAUUUCCAUGCUGAUAACUUCUGUAGAAAAAUAAAUCUUCUUAGUCCAAGUCCAAGUCCUAGUCGUAGUUGUCGCGCAGUCAGACACAUCACCGACCGAGCUCAUCUGUUAGGAAAGAAUGUACCUGUACUAAUAGUAGCUGUAGCAGUAGCUGUACUAAAAAGAAGUAGGAAACCGACGUAGCUAUAGGACAGAGAGGAAGAGGAUUCUUGUUGUAAAAGGGUUCAUUACAAGCAAAUAGGCUCUGCUGAAGAUGAAGAUAGAUUGAUAGACUAAGGUCGUGAAGAAAAUUUGAGGUCGCGAGGGAUCGAAACGUCAAAUCUGAGUGAUGAGGAUUUGUGUUGUGAGUCGUGGUAGACUAACACUUGCCUUCGUUUCCUUCACGCGAUUGUUAUAGACGGGUUUUCGAUCGAAGAAGUUCGAUGUUUAACAUCUUCGUCGAGAGUUUACUAAAUGUUGACGUAGUUGUAUUUCUUGUAACUACUUAUAGAUACGAGGAAUGUAGUGAUGAAGAUACAACUGGUAGAGUUUGUUAGAAGAUUAUCAUCAUCUUCAUCAUUCAGCAUCAGCUACAAACUACAUGUUGGUGCGUAUCUACCAUUAGCUUCUUCAUCUAUUCUUCAAUUAUAGCGAUACCCAUAAUAGUUUAUUGUUGUGCUACCUAGUGAAAUCUGAAAAAUCUGAAAGUAGAACUAGAAGCGACUAAAGAUGUCCUCAGGUGCCGUUGCCUCCGCCGCUCCGGAGGCGGUGGCUGUAGAUGAAAAUGGCGUCUGCGUAGCACUACACACCGCGACGUGGGCUAGGGAGUCACACGGCCUGUUCGAUUAUGAGGUAUUAUCUCCGAUAGGUUCGCGCGCGACACCUUGUCGUCGACGCAGUUUUCUUCUACAGUUCGAACUCCUCGUCCUCUAUUUAUUAUGGUUUAUCAUAGUUGCAGACGAGUAUUUUUAUGAACUGAACAUCUUCUUGUUCUUUUGCUUGUUUCUUGCUACAUCAACAUGCACAUCUACUUCUCCUCCUCACACACACAACGAACUCAGGCUCGUCACCCGAUAAAGAAGAGUUUUACGGUUGCGCAGCCCACGACUAUCCUGAGAAAGGGCACUGAGGUCUCCCUGCAAAGCGGUGGCACUGGAUUUAACGAGUCAGAACCUCUAGCGCGUUUGGUCAAUCGAAAUGGUCAUUUUUGCGUUGACGCAGCACGAGUCGAGGGCAGGGCGAAGUCGGGGAAAUUAUGGCGUGUCGUGAAGGAACUCGAGAAUGGUUACCAACUGCAGGAAGGAGAUAGCGUUAAGUACUACAACUACUGAAUAUUAUAAGUACUACUUCUAGUUCUACGGCCAUACGACCAUUUCCAAAGCCAAGAAGGAAAAAACCUCGUCUAACAACUGAAAACAGGUUGCUGCUUAUGGAUCGCUUCAAUGUUUCAAGGUCCCACAAGUAGAAGCAUACAACUAAUUGUUCCAAAACUACAGGUUAGGACGUUUCAAGCUCCGAGUUAGGCAGAUAGUUACGGGUGAUCCGUUAGCAGAAAUAAACUGUCCCGAAUGCGCCAAUGUUAACCCGCCUUCCCUGCCGCCUAGGCCAUGUAACACCAGUGCAGAAAACAUUGCGGCUUUAGACAACGUCCCUUGCAGGAUCUGUCUCCUGGAGGGUUCGUCUGUGGAAGACCCUUUGAUUAAGCCGUGCGAAUGCAGGGGCACGAUCGAGUACUUUAGAAGUCGUUAUUGUUGUUACUCUUCUUCUUCAUCUUGAUGGGGAAGAGCCUCCAACCAUCGUCCCCUCAACUCAAUCCAAAUAAACCAAAUCUUCCCCUUAAUUGCAGCUAAACCCCUCUUACAGUAAGAGUAAGACACCUCUCACUCUUGAUCGAUCAUCACUCACCAGAUACGUGCAUUUAGCCUGCCUUCGCCACUGGGUCAGGGGUAAGUUAGAUCUGGCAGAAUCGCAAUUGGGAACCUACUUUUACAAACCGAUGGCCUGUGAGCUGUGCAAAACACAAUAUGCGACACAUUUGAUGGUAAUAUCUCACAAAUCGAUUUGAUAAAUAGAAAUGCACUUGGUUCGAUUUCGAUAGUCAAAACGAUUGAUUUAGGAGAAGAAGUGUUGUACUUCGAAUUUUUAUGGUGAUUCUUGUAUAGUAGAUGUGCUGAAAAAUACCUUCGUUCCUAUAUGCUGGCUUCCACGACUACACCUACUUCAACACCAGGACGAAGCGAACAAGAGCAACUGCUUUCCUCUGAUAGAGUUGCCGAAGACAACGCCUCCUUUUAUCGUCUUAGAGCGCGACUCGAAUAGACCAGAAUUGAAGGGGGUCCACGUUAUUUCCUUAUCCGAGAAAAAGCUCCUCAAGCUUGGUCGAGGUCACGAGUCAGAUGUGCGGUUUGCCGACGUCUCCAUCUCCCGUUGGCACGCUUCGGUGCACUACGAUCAGGAGAAGAAUGCGUACUUAAGAAGUUCUUUCUCAUCUCCUUCUGGUACAACCACAUUUAUAUCUUCGUUCCAUCGAUGUGCGACCACGAUCAUCUCUCUGGAGUUUUACUUUUGGUUCCUUUGUUACUGUGUCGCGACCACUUCCAUGAACGUCGACCCAGCACAACUACACAUCAAAACAGUUUCGUCUUAACCGAUCACGGCUCAAAGUUCGGAACCCUGGUUGCUAUGCGCACUCCUGUACCCCUGGAGCAAAACCAGCCUCUAUCCUUACAAGCUGGGCGAACAGUGUUACAUUUCGCUUUGAAUGAUGGCGCGCAGGGAGCACAGAAUGGUAUUUGAAGAUUGAUAGGUUUGAUAUCGUAUGUAGUAGGGGGAGGUGCCUAGUAGUUAGUACUUUCAUGUAGGUAGUAGCAACAUCUUGACACAGACUGUAAUAUCCAUGAUCCGUUCCCCACCCUCCUACCACCCAACUCCCACUCUGCUCAACAUCUACUUCACAGCUCCCGCGCCACAGGCAUCGUGGUCCUUUGGCGCUUUUUAUCCCCAGGGAGGUCAAAAGAAUGAGGAACAAGAGCCUCAAUCAGGCGCCACGAACGUUGAAAUGGGAGGCUCAGUUGCCAGUAGUGCACAACUUCCCCCACAGAUGUACAACUUCCACCCAGGACAAGGAAUGCCACCGGGAGCGGUAUUUAAUUUUUUACCUUACCCUCUCAUGGGUAUUCUACCAUAUCCCACGAAUGGGUACACUACUACUUCUAGCACUCAUCUUGCUGUUUUUUACAAGAACAAUAGAUACGAGUAAGAUGUUCUAGAAGCUCUACUUCCCUCCCUAGUUCUCGAAGCUCUACUUUUAUUAUUCGACAACUACAGAUCAUAAAGAUAUACAACGAGAUGGACUAGUAGGAAGAACGGAACAACAUUCGACAUGAUCUACUUACUCAUUGACAAAAACAACAUUAGACAACACGCACAAUCUACUUACGGACAACAGGGCUUUCCCCUUUCGGGUCCAGCAGCAGCCGGUUUCGGAUUUCCUGGGAUGAACUUCGCCCAGGGUCAACAACAGCAGGCACAGCAUCAGGCAAUGCUGCAUGCAAUGCUAAUGCAACAACAGCAACUGGCAGCCGCACAACAAGCGGGACUAGCCGGACAGACUGGAGGAAAUGCACCGAUUAUUAAGGCCUGUUACUCGCAUUCAACUUCAAGAUCAAGUUCCUCUCAGGAAUCCUCUGAGUCGGGAUCUUAUAAGAGACACCAUCUUGCUGGAAGGGAGGUUCUUUUGUCCUCUAAGGGAAAAGGAAUGACUUGCUCGUGGUCACCAGGAUGAAUGUCGUGGUCACCAGGAUGAAUGUGUUGAUCUAAGGUCUAAUAUUAUACCCCACAUCCCGCAGAUGGCAGGAGGACCUCAAGGCGUGCCUAGUGGAGUACAGGGCGCUAGUGGACAACCAAUUGGCAUUAGCGGAGCCUUGCCUUCUCCACCACCAGGUCUCAUGGGCAUGCAAGCUGGAAGUAGUGGUCCUGGCGUACCUUUAAGGCUCAAAAUGAAAAUAAGUACUUAGCUCAUUUGGAGGAAGGGUCCUUCUUCUAUCUUGGGGAUCUGAAGAAAGGAACAACUAGCUACUGAAGUAGAAUGUUGAAAGGAAUUGUUCUGCUCUACUCUAAAAAUACCUCCAGGAGCCUCAUUCGGCGGGCCUCCAGGUAGCAUGGUGCCUCCGCACAUCAUGGCAUCUAUGGCAGGAACCACCAUGGCAGGCAUGGCACAACAGCAGCUCAGACCAGAACAACUCGCCUAUGCUGCUCAGAUGUCAGGAACCGGUAAUGACCAUGACGCUCUACUGGCCUUGCGUCUUAGUCUUAAGGCUCUCGACGUCCUUAAUUCAUCUUGAGAACGAAGCGUCUUGGUCUUCUUGUUGGAAGGAGUCUGCAGUUUGUGUGUACAUGUACUAAGAAGGGAAAAUAUUGAGUAUGACUGUAACUUCUAUCAAGAAGAACAUAGGUUGUAAGUUGUACUGCUGGUCAAGAUGAACAUAGGUUGAAAGGUCUAAUACUCUCCUGAGCCACAACAACGUCGACUUCAACAACCCGUCCACUAUGGGAGGACAGCAAGGUGCAAGUGGAGUUGCGCUACCUGGACAACAGGGCAUUUCUAGUAGUAACAACAGCACUGGCGGAGCACCAGGAGCUCCUGGGACAGGAGUAGUUAAGGCUAGAAGAAGUACUAGAGACAAUUGUUCAUCUUUCAACACUUAUUUGAAGACCGCAUUAUACCACCUGAAAAAAAUAAAGGUGGAUUCCCAGGAGUUGUGAAAGAUGAAUUAUGCAUAUUAUGUCUAAUGUAGGACCACGUGGUACUGACAUGGGUGGUGCUCCUGGUGGAGUAGCACAGUCUUCGUCAGGUGGACUUGUGGUCGGCGCACACGGAUCAUCAUCACAACAGUCAGGCCCACAAGGAGGACCUCCAGGAGGACUGAUGCAGCCACCCCCUUUGCUCGGUGGCUUACCUCCUCAAGGGGCACAAGUCUCGCCGCAGCAACUCGCGAUGCUGCAACAGCUCGCAGCCACGAACAACUCGAAUAUGGCAGGAGGAGCACCCCCAAGUGGUGUGCAGCAAAAUGGUACUACAACUUGUCGUUAUUUUUGAAUUCUCCACUUCUUUGAAGUAGAGAUGGUGCUGCCUACAAAGAACUUCUAUGUGUGGAGUUUUUCCUUUCGCCAUUUUUGAACAUUGUGAUUAUGAAACCCUUCGUCAUCGUCACGUACUUACUUAUUCGAGAACAACAACAUCAACAACAUCAUCACUCAUGAAUCCACUCCAGACCCCGAUGCUCAUAUGGAAGAACAGUAACGAAAAUUUUUGUGGAUUUUUGUCAAGACAACCGAUUUGCCUCUCAGAAGAGGACUCUGUUUUCCGCGUUGCAUCCCUCCUACCCGCAUCGCUACCCUAGUGUUGAAAUUAUUUUUGAAUUAGUCGUUAGUUUGAACUCAUAAUAUCAGAAGACCAAGUACGACAGAAGUCUACUCACGUUAUUUCAACAAUCUACUAUCAUUCUUAGUCUAAAAAUAGGGACCACCGAAACUGAUAGAUAAUCCUCAUUCUUUUUUUUCAUGCUUAGUACCAUCAAAAUUCUCUGAAUAAGUAGUCUACACAAUUAUUUGAGCAAUCAUUAGUCAACACCAACAUGAUCAUCUGAAAUAUUAUGGUUUUCUCUGUUCCAAAAGCAUCAAGUAGAAAAUUAUACUAGACAUUGUUAUUGACAAAAUCUCUGACAAAAUCUAUUGAAGAUUCGUCUUCCUUGUUAGUUUGAGUGACUAUGACUUAUAUCGUUCGCAUUCGCAUAAGAAGGAGGUUACAAACGAAAAUAUCAGACUGGGUCGUAAUAUUUGUUCAGGAGGCAUAUUCAUAGAAAUACAGGGGUGGUGAAGCUCUUGUUUCGACAACAUAGUGAAUAUUGAAAUGAAAUGAAGAAGGUAGAGAUUAUUUAAUUUGGUGAGUAGAAGUUGUAAGGCUUGACUUGAUAGGCUAUCACAGUAGUUCUAGGACGUGGCUCUCGUUUAGGUAGUUGUUAAAGAUUGCUUAUAUCAUCUGGAUCUGCGUGCUGUGCGUUUUUUGGCAAAACUCGUGGUCCCCGCCGUCGUUCUCGUCGUCAUUUUUUUUUGUGCCUAGCAUGUUGAUGUUGAUCUCCGUGUGUAAAAGGACGGACGGGGAUGCUGAGCCAAGAACGCACUUCUUAGCAGUGAAGAAUUGGUUAGAUGAAGUACUUGAGAUCAUUAGCAAGCGGUGGACAAAAGUGGAUAUACCAUUCUCGACUCCUGCGAAAUCCCUAAUUGCUGCUACACUGAAAACGGCCUGUUUGAGUGCUCAGUGCAACAGCAAUUACCGCAUCAGUAAGAUCAACUCUAACAAGCUAUGAAAAUGGUCAGUGCCUCAAGUUGAGUUCCAGUGCUCCAUUGCUUUGCAGUGUUUGCAUCAUUAAAUAAGUAGGUUCAAUCUUCGGCAUUGCUUGGACUGUCUUCAGCAAUAUCUUGACCCAUUGCCAACAAGGGUUCAAGAAUUGCGCGGCGUUUCCAGAAGGAACGUUACUGUGAAUACCGUAGAUAAUCACCCUGCCACCCUGCGUCACGUACUACUCCAGCACCAUGAAGCAGGGCUGCAUCUUCAAGGAGAAUAACCUUAGCUAGUCGUGAGCUGAGCAAUAAUUCAGACGGACUUCUUUCUUACUUGAAUUGUUCGAAGAGGUACAAGGAGAAGGACGUGCCCCAAACACGGCACCAGUUGCCCCCUGAUAUUGGUGCUUUUAGUACAACGAACUCACUGAAAGCAUUGAUAAUAGUUGUCCCUCCAAGGGCUCGCGCUCGUGGUAGAAGCUAGAUCUGCAUCUAGAGCCUGUUAUUUGGUUUUAGUUCUUCUUCUUCUUUCUGGGGAAACUAAGUACUUAAUUAGGAUCGAUCGCAACAUCUUCAAUGAUGUAUGUGCAUCAGCUCAACUACUGCUAAAAAGAAUUGUACCCAGGAGCAUACUGCUUGUUCACUAAGAAUCAGCGUGCCUUACUUCUAGAGUAUAAGUAACGAACAUGGACCUUCCACAUUAUUGAGAGGCUGUGAAUCCUGUGGAAGAUUUUUUUAAUAUAUUUUUUUUUCAGCGGAUUUGUUGAUGAUGAUGAUGUCGGUGGGAAGUACUACAGGUACGAUUUGUUGUGGUAAUCAUACUAAAAAUACAGCCUACUUAGCACAGCAGGUAGCAUCAAGUCGUGAAUAUUCAUGGAAAUCUCCAAAUCCAAAUCCAAAAUGUAGUUGUGAGUGGUUUCAGUUUUGUUUCCUGUUUUCGUCGUCUAAUCGCUACUGCCUUCGACUUUUCAUCGUCCGGCCGUGGUACCUAUCGCUAUCCACUUGUCAUGAUUAAAAAUAUCAUCUACCUCACCUCUAUUUAGUCUGCCAGAGACGUUGCUCACGUCGUCAAGCAGCCGGUCUUUUGUAACUGCAUCGUCACAAGAAGUAGUUGUUGUUGACUACACCCUUAUAAUUUGUUCCACCUGUAUAAAAAGUCCGAUAAAAUAUAAAACCUCCAGGAUGAGCAAAAGUAGUAUGAAAUGGGCUCUGUUAUUCAAAAGGGUUCGAGGAAGAGUCUCUACUAGGCAUUAUUUGACGAGAAAACUUGGCUUCGACCCCUGAUAGUUCCAAGGACUCUGCUUAGGCAUUUCUUGACUCUAUUUAUUACUACGCGUAGCAGGCUCUGCUAGAGGCGGUGCAGCAAGUAGAAUUAAGUAUAUUCCCUAGUAGAGUCGAAGAAGCAUAUGAAAGUGAAAGUAAAAUGAAGUCAGACGAGAUGAACCCUAUUUCACUGCCAUAUCUACUUCUUGGGACUCAAAAACAUCUACUUUCUUGUAAAGUUGUUGUCCGCGAGAUGAAUGAUUUUUUGAUGUUUUUUUCGAGGUUUUGAUUUUACUCCAUUGACCAUGAUUGACUUGUAUCAAACAAGUAUUAGUCUAGUGGUCACAUCUUCUGAGUCUUCAUCUUAGAUAUUUUUCUACUUCUAGCUGUACAUAUUGAUUCUGAUAGUACUAGAAUGUUGAUGUGACGAAAGUGCAUGAUCAUGUGAACGAUCAUUUCUUUCAGCGGCUCCUUCUUCUAGUAUUCCUUCUGAACUGUAAAAAAUAUUUUGAAUUCAUUGUUUUGGGGAAUAUUACAAAAUAUCAAAUUCAUACAUUGGAAUUGGAUGUUGGAUCCGGCACUAAAACUACAAAACAGACAUCGUCACAGUCCAACAUCUUUUUACUCUUAGACCGACAAAAAACAUUCCACCACCAAUGAAGUUUUAGAUGGCCAGUUAUUUGUUUAAUAUCGGGAAAAAACAAGCUCUUCCGGGUAUAAGGUCACGAGAGGACCCAAGAAAAGAAAUAAUUGACAAAUAUAGAGGCUGACAAUUAAAUGUCGCUUUUGAAGGCUG